GGGGCCUGAAGGCAGCACGGCCAUGAUUGACAGCUUGACGGUUAAUUACAGUUAGCGGUAUGGCUAGCAGCAUGGAGAGUAGACGGAACUUCACCAUGUCCGACUGGGAGGAUGAGUACAACGAAGACGGCGUGGCUAUCUAUAAACCUGCAACUAAGCCAGCUCCGACCGAAUGGAAACAGCCACAGAAUGGUGGUCGGAGGGAAAAUGUAACUUUCGGUGUACGACAUGGCUCCAGGUUUGGCGGUCCCAGAGAGUGGGAAGGACAUCGUGGCGGCGAGACAGCCGAGCAUAGCAACCGGUGGGAUGGAAGCGAAGGCCGGACGCGUUUCACGGACCGCAGAGGCCCGCCGCCGGGAAGACAAACACUUGGAGGCUCUAACCCACCUGUGACCAUGACUGUGGAAGGCUCCUUAGUUGGGAGGGUGAUAGGUCGUGGAGGAGCAAAGAUUCGUGAACUUGAAGAGAGCAGCGGUGCACGGAUCAAGAUAAACAAGGGAGACUAUGACGGCGAGGUGCUCCUAUUCGGGACCUCUGCUGCCCAGCAAAAGGCCAAAGAGAUGAUUGAAGAACUGUUGGCAGAUGGCGGCUCUCGGUUUCAUGGGGGAGGUGAUGGAGGAGCAAAGGGAGGCUCUGUGUGGUCUGCCACAGCAUUGGAGGCUUCAAAUACAGUAGCGCCCCGUGAACCCAUAGAUUGGAAUUCCAUCCGGGAGAACAAGGAAAAGUAUGCAGCGCUGAAGUGGAAGGACCUCCCACCCCUGAAGAAGCAGUUUUAUACUGAAGCAGAGAGUGUCUCCAUCCUCACUGCAGAGGAAGUCUGCGAAUGGAGGAAAGAGAAUAACAAUGUAUUUGUGGAUGACCUGAAGGAAGAGGGGGAGAAGCGGACCAUUCCCAAUCCCUGCCGCACCUUUCUGGAGGCAUUCGAGCCCUAUCCAGAGAUCAUGGAAAAUAUUGAGCGUGUUGGCUUUGUCAAACCCACUCCCAUCCAGUCUCAGGCCUGGCCAGUGUUGCUGAGUGGGGAAGACCUGAUAGCUAUCGCUCAGACAGGAACAGGGAAAACUCUGGCCUACCUGCUGCCAGGGUUCAUCCACAUGGAGGGACAGCCUUUGCCUAGAACUGAGCGGGGUGGUCCUGGCAUGUUGGUGCUGACUCCUACCAGAGAACUGGCACUGCAAAUUGAAGUGGAGUGCAAAAAGUACCGUUUUAAAAGCUACAACAGUGUCUGUAUUUAUGGAGGAGGGGAUAGGAGAAGCCAGAUCAACCUGGUGAAAAGUGGAGUUGACAUAGUGAUCGCCACACCAGGACGACUAAAUGAUCUCCAGAUGAAUGAGCUCAUCAAUCUAGGCUCCAUCACUUACUUGGUGCUGGACGAGGCUGAUCGUAUGCUUGAUAUGGGCUUUGAACCCCAGAUCCUGAAGAUUCUCUUGGACAUUCGUCCCGACCGCCAGACUGUUAUGACCAGUGCCACCUGGCCCUCUGGUGUGAGACGAUUGGCAAAAUCCUACCUCAAAAAUCCCAUGAUGGUUUAUGUGGGCACCCUGGACUUGGCGGCAGUUAACACGGUGCAGCAAACAGUGCUGAUCGUCCGUGAAGAAGAGAAAAAGUCGUACGUGUUUGACUUUAUCAGAAACAUGCUGCCUGAGGACAAGGUCCUCAUCUUUGUUGGCAAGAAGCUUAUGGCUGAUGACCUUUCCAGUGACUUGUGUCUGAGGGGUCUGGCUGUGCAAAGUCUUCAUGGUGACCGGGAGCAGUGUGACCGAGAAGAGGCCCUCAAGGACUUUAAAGAAAGUCGAGUUCGUAUCCUAGUCGCCACAGACUUAGCAUCUCGAGGGUUGGACGUCCAUGACAUCACACAUGUCUUUAACUUUGACUUCCCACGUAACAUAGAAGAGUAUGUACAUCGUGUUGGCCGCACUGGACGAGCAGGACGGUCAGGUGCUGCUGUUACUCUGGUAACAAGGGAGAACUGGAGGAUGGCCGCUGAACUUAUUCCCAUCCUGGAGAGAGCGGGACAGGAGGUCCCUGAGGAGCUAGUGCUUAUGGCAGAAAGAUACGAGAAGCACAAGAGGGAGAAGGAUGCAUACGGUCCAAGGGGAGGAGGUGGAGGAGGAGGAGGGGGGGGGAGAAGGGGAGGGGAAAGAGGAGGAGGAUGGGGAAGAAGCGAUGGUGGAGGAAGAGGAGGCAGAGAUCGAGGACAGAACUGGGGAUUCUGAUGAUUGGUAAUGUAAGUCUGCUCAUACCACAAUGUUCAGUUUUGGCGUUUUGACAUAGCCCAGUGAUCAAGUCAAUCAUUUAGCAAAAGUAGACAGUAGUGAAAAAAAGAAGUCUGAUAUUCUGACUGAAUAUUUACAAUUUGGGACUAAUGUUUUAUUUGUAUGCUUUUUUCUCUGAAGCAGCAUGAAGCAGGAUCUGCAAAUGCCUGCAUUGUAACUACUUUUGCAUGUAAAUAUAUUAUUAAUUUCCUUUGCAUGAAACAAUGUUUGUUCUUUUGCUGGACCAUCACCUCUUUUUA